AUAAGCAACUGCAAUAGGUCUCAAUCAGACGAUGUGAAUUCGCUCGCACAGUGAACCACGCAAAAUGAGUUGGGUCCCGUACGAUCUACGAAACGUUUGCACCCCUCAUUCCACGAGGACGACGUGCCAGCCGUCGAUGUACAUGUUCCUCAACCUGCUGGUGGAUUUGUUCGGGCGGUCUAGGGAUAGUGUUACCCCGGUUCACGACGCGCAUCACCUCCCUGGGUACAAUUUCGACUACUCCACCGACCGGAAUAACUUUGCGGGAAGCUCCACCACGCAGAGUGAGGAUAACGUCGAAUACGACUUCAUAAUUGUCGGUGCCGGUACGGCGGGAUGUGUCCUGACCGGACGGUUGAGCGAAAUCUCGGAUUGGAAGAUCCUAACCAUCGAAGGCGGAGAUGAAGAACCCGACAUUACCAGCGUCCCAUCGCUGUUGUUCAUGCUGCAGCAAUCCAGCGUCGAUUGGAACCUGCAAACCCAGCCUCAGCCUACUGCCUGCAGAUCACGUCCCGGAGGCACUUGCAGGUGGCCCAGAGGAAGAGGUAUGGGCGGCUCAUCCGCCAUCAACUACAUGAUCUACCUCCGAGGAGGUCCGAGGGACUACGACGAGUGGGAGCAGAGAUUUGGAAAUGAAGGAUGGGGCUACGAAGACGUGUUGCCGUACUUUAAGAAGUCUGAACACAACAGAAACAUCGAAGAAGUGGGCACUGAAUACCACGGAACCGACGGACCAAUGAAUAUCGAACAUUUCCCAACUCAAGACCGGAAUAUGUUCGCCCUGUUGGAUGGCAUGAGGGACAUGGGAAUAGAACUGUUCGACCAAAACGGUCGGAGACAGUUAGGUGGCAGUUUGUUACAGUGCUUUACCAAAGACGGGCAGAGAUUCAGCGCCAAUGCUGCUUUCGUAAGGCCGAUUAGAAACAAGAGGAAAAACUUAACAAUAAAAACUAAAGCCUUUGGUACAAGAGUUCUCAUAGACCCUCAGACCAAAAGAGCUUAUGGUGUGGAAUACGUUCAGAACGGUCGAUAUUACAAGGCUUUUGCAAGGAAAGAAGUUAUUGUAUCAUCGGGUGCCCUAUCUUCACCAAAAAUUUUGAUGUUGAGUGGUGUUGGUCCUGCUCGUCAUCUCAAUGAUUUGGGUAUAGAAGUGAUACAAGACCUGCCCGUUGGGCGUAAUCUUCACGACCACACUACGGUCGACGGACCUGUCAUUGGAUUGAGCAACUUAACUUCCACUCUAGUUUCAGAUGAACAAAGAGUCAGUGACACAUACAGAUUCUACAAAACGCAUAGAGGACCCCUAGCCAGCACCGCAGGUCUUCAAAUGAACCUAUACAUGAAGACAAGCUUUGAGCACGACGAAGACAGGCCUGACAUGCAAUUUACAGCUGAAUCUAUAAUCUUAAGCGAUUAUUACAGCGAUCCUGUACUAUUCUGGGAGUCUAGCCAACGUGCUCUAGCCUUCUACGACGGCAUGCUUCUGAGACCCAUCAUUUUAGGUCCCAGAAGUAGGGGCUACAUUUUACUAAAUCAGACACAUCCAGUGUUUGGAAAUCCCCUGAUUUACGCCAACACGUUCUUCGAUGAAGAUGAUCUGGGCAUAAUGGUUGAAGCAAUUCAGAGGAUGGUCCAGAUUGCUGAUACUCCAGCCAUGAAGAAUAUUGGAGCGAGAUUGGUUACCACCCCCCUUCCAGCUUGCAACCACUUUAAGUUUGGAACGAACGAAUACUGGCGCUGCCUGUGCAUUGAGUAUACCACAACUCUUUAUCACCCUGUUGGUACCUGUAAAAUGGGCCCUAAAAAGGAUCCCACAGCAGUGGUCGAUCCAAGACUGAGGGUUCAUGGAAUUAUAGGGUUAAGAGUGAUAGACGCCUCUAUUAUGCCUGCGAUAACUAGAUCUAAUACCAAUGCACCCACUAUGAUGAUAGCUGAGAAGGGUGCAGACUAUAUUAAAGAAGACUGGCUUGGAACGACACAUGGGGACGAUGACGGUUGGAACCAUGGGGAUGAUGAUGCUUGGAGUAAGGAUGGAGGUGAAGAUUGGCAUGGUGGAGGUGAUAGUUUUACAGAUGAUCACGAUGAUUCGUUUAAUUCGCGAAACUUUUGGAAAGAUUUUGAUUUUGAUAAUUUCCGUUUCAAAAAGUAAAUUAUUAAUAAAAUCAAUAGAUAUGUUGUAAAUACCAUAGAGAACUAGUCCUGUUCACUAUUUUACAUUCUUUCUGGAAAUCUCGCCAUCGUGAUUAUUCUGUAAUUAUUUACCAAGAAUUCAAUGACUCUGAAGACAUAAAAUUUAAAAAUAGUGCUCAUACAUUUACUACUUAUAAAUAAGUUUACAUAAUAGGUAUUUAAAAUAUAUUCUAUUUACUUAACAAUUUAUACCUAUAUUAGUGUAUAUUGAAAAUUUAUCUCAAUUCUUUGCAAUUUUUUGCUCAAGGUUGUGGGUGUUUUAUUUAUUGUAUGGUUUUCUCAGCACUGUGUUUAUAUUUUGCACAAAAUCCUCAAAUGGCACGUAAGGAAAUAUCCAUUACAAAUUGUAUUAAUAUUACAUUUUCAAUACGAAGAAGGUUUGAACCAAAUUUUCUCAAUGCCAAAUAAAGUACAUAACAUAUUUAUUUAUUUUUAGUACUGUUCAUGUUAAAGUAUACCUAUUUUUUGGUUGAUGUAACUAAAUAUAUUUUAUGUAAUAUAAUAUUAAAUGAAUUAAUUUAUA